AUGACUCCAGCUGACUUCCUGAUAAUCUUAUGCUUGGGAGUGGCCUCAGCUGCUCCAGCACUUGAUCCCAGUUUGGAUGAUGAAUGGCAAGAAUGGAAGACGCGAUAUGAAAAAUCAUACAGUAGUCUGGAAGAAGAAGCACAGAAGAGAGCAGUAUGGGAAGAAAAUAUGAAGAUGGUCAAAAUGCAUAAUAGGGAAAAUGGCCUAGGGAAGAACGGCUUCACCAUGAAAAUGAACGCCUUCGGUGACAUGAGCCAUAAAGAAUACAGAGAAAUGAUGACUGAUAUCCCAGUUCCAGCUGCCAUGAGUGAGGACAGUAACCAAGGAGGUCUUAGUGAUAUCCCCAAAUUUAAGGAUUGGAGAAGGGAAGGCUAUGUGACUCCUGUACGGAACCAGGGUAACUGCGGUUCGUGCUGGGCUUUUGCUGCGGCUGGUGCCAUAGAAGGACAGAUGUUCUGGACAACGGGCAACCUGACCCCUCUAAGUGUGCAGAACCUACUGGACUGUUCUAAACCUCAAGGCAAUAAUGGCUGCGAAAAAGGGACUGCAAACAAAGCCUUCCAGUAUGUUCUCCACAAUAAAGGUCUCGAGGCUGAGGCAACCUAUCCAUACGAGGGAAGAGAUGGACCCUGCAGGUACAAUUCUGAGAAUUCUAAAGCUUAUAUCAAUGAAACUGUGAUCCUCCCACCACAUGAAAUUUACCUACAGGUGGCUGUAGCAGCUAUAGGACCCGUCUCUGCUGCAAUUGAUGCGUCCCAUGAUUCUUUCAGGUUCUACAGUGGAGGCAUUUACCACGAACCAAACUGCAGCAGUUAUAUAACAAAUCACGGAGUUCUGGUGGUUGGCUAUGGAUUUGAGGGCAAUGAAACAGAUGGUAAUAACUACUGGCUGAUCAAGAACAGCUGGGGAGAAAAUUGGGGCAUAAAUGGCUACAUGAAGAUUGCCAAAGAUCGCAACAACCACUGUUCAAUUGCUUCACAAGCCAGCUACCCCAAUAUAUUCUGA